UAGCUGGGAGCCGAAGAAGCAGCUUUGUUGGUGGGGGAGUCGGUUGAGCCAGCACGUGUCUGCGUAUCCCCGCUCUCUCCCACCAGACCCUGGGAAUCCAGCCUCGCCAAACAAACACCAGAGCGCCCGCUAAUCGCCAGCUCAGAAACAAAACAGCGCGGCUCCGGGGGAUCCGGGCGCAAUCAGCCCUCCCUCCUCGCGCUCCUUCGCCACCGCCCGCCCCUCGGCUCCGCGGCUCCGCUCGGCUCCGCUCAGAGCAGCGCAGCUCCGCAGCCGCCAAAGCGAGGCGGGCUCGGUCUCCCCAACCGCCGGCGCCACCCGGGCUCCUCCGGGUUUCUCCUCCGCAGCUCCCAUCUCUUCGGGCAGCAGUGUCCUGACAGGGGUCUGCAACAUCGGCACAAAGUUGGGGGGGCCCUCGAGGAUGAGGCUGUCUCCCGCGCCCCUGAGGCUCAGCCGGGGUCCGGCGCUGCUGGCCCUGGCGCUGCCCCUGGCCGCGGCGCUGGCUUUCUCAGAUGAGACCCUGGAUAAAGUGGCCAAAUCGGAGGGCUACUGCAGCCGCAUCUUGCGCGCCCAGGGCACGCGGCGCGAGGGAUACACGGAGUUCAGCCUCCGCGUGGAAGGCGACCCCGACUUCUAUAAGCCCGGAAACAGCUACCGCGUGACACUUUCAGCUGCUCCUCCCUCCUACUUCAGAGGCUUCACAUUAAUUGCCCUCAAAGAGAACCGAGAGGGCGAUAAGGAAGAAGAUCACGCCGGCACCUUCCAGAUCAUAGAUGAAGAAGAGACCCAGUUUAUGAGUAACUGCCCAGUGGCCGUCACUGAAAGCACUCCCCGGAGAAGAACACGGAUCCAGGUGUUCUGGAUAGCGCCACCCACAGGGACGGGCUGUGUGAUUCUGAAGGCCAGCAUCGUACAGAAACGCAUCAUUUAUUUUCAAGAUGAGGGCUCUCUGACCAAGAAGCUGUGUGAACAAGAUCCCACAGCCGAUGGGGUGACGGACAGACCAAUCUUGGACUGCUGUGCCUGUGGAACUGCCAAGUACAGACUCACGUUUUAUGGGAACUGGUCCGAGAAGACCCAUCCGAAGGAUUACCCCCGUCGGGCCAACCACUGGUCUGCCAUCAUUGGAGGGUCCCACUCUAAGAACUAUGUGCUGUGGGAAUAUGGAGGGUAUGCCAGCGAAGGUGUCAAGCAAGUUGCUGAGCUGGGCUCACCGGUAAAAAUGGAGGAAGAAAUUCGACAGCAGAGUGACGAAGUCCUUACCGUCAUCAAAGCCAAAGCCCAAUGGCCAGCCUGGCAGCCUGUCAACGUGAGAGCAGCACCCUCCGCUGAAUUCUCAGUGGACAGGACACGCCACUUAAUGUCCUUCCUGACCAUGAUGGGCCCCAGUCCCGACUGGAACGUGGGCCUGUCUGCGGAGGAUCUGUGCACCAAGGAGUGUGGCUGGGUCCAGAAAGUGGUGCAGGACCUGAUCCCCUGGGACGCUGGCACUGACAGCGGGGUGACCUAUGAGUCACCAAACAAGCCCACCAUUCCUCAGGAAAAAAUCCGACCCCUGACUAGUCUGGACCAUCCUCAGAGUCCUUUCUAUGACCCAGAAGGUGGGUCCAUCACACAAGUGGCCAGAGUCGUCAUCGAGAGAAUCGCCCGGAAGGGAGAACAGUGCAACAUUGUACCUGACAAUGUGGAUGAUAUCGUAGCGGACCUGGCUCCAGAAGAGAAGGAUGAAGAUGACACCCCCGAGACCUGCAUCUACUCCAACUGGUCCCCGUGGUCGGCCUGCAGCUCCUCCACUUGUGAAAAGGGCAAGAGGAUGCGGCAACGCAUGCUGAAGGCACAGCUGGACCUCAGUGUCCCCUGCCCUGAUACCCAGGACUUCCAGCCCUGCAUGGGCCCUGGUUGUAGCGAUGAAGACGGCUCCACCUGUACCAUGUCGGAGUGGAUCACCUGGUCGCCAUGCAGCAUCUCGUGUGGCAUGGGCAUGAGGUCCCGGGAGAGGUACGUGAAGCAGUUCCCGGAGGACGGCUCGGUGUGCACGCUGCCCACCGAGGAGACUGAGAAGUGCACGGUCAACGAGGAGUGCUCUCCCAGCAGCUGCCUGGUGACCGAGUGGGGGGAGUGGGAUGACUGCAGCGCCACCUGUGGGAUGGGCAUGAAGAAGCGGCACCGCAUGGUCAAGAUGAGCCCCGCGGACGGUUCCAUGUGCAAGGCAGAGACAUCCCAGGCGGAGAAAUGCAUGAUGCCCGAGUGCCACACCAUCCCAUGCUUGCUGUCUCCCUGGUCCGAGUGGAGCGACUGCAGCGUGACCUGCGGGAAGGGCAUGCGGACCCGCCAGCGGAUGCUCAAGUCUCUGGCGGAGCUGGGCGACUGUAACGAGGAGCUGGAGCAAGUGGAGAAGUGCAUGCUGCCCGAGUGCCCCAUUGACUGUGAACUCAGCGAGUGGUCCCAGUGGUCUGAGUGUAACAAGUCAUGUGGCAAAGGCCACAUGAUUCGGACCCGGACAAUCCAAAUGGAACCUCAGUUUGGAGGAGCACCCUGCCCAGAAACCGUGCAACGCAAGAAGUGCCGCGCCCGGAAAUGCCUUCGAAGCCCAUCAGUCCAGAAGCUGCGCUGGAGGGAGGCCAGAGAGAGCCGGCGUAGUGAGCAGCAGAGGGAAGAACUGGACGGCGAGCAGUUCCCAGGCUGUCGGAUGCGCCCGUGGUCAGCCUGGUCAGAAUGCACCAAACUGUGUGGAGGUGGAAUUCAGGAACGCUACAUGACUGUGAAGAAGAGGUUCAAAAGCUCCCAGUUUACCAGCUGCAAAGACAAGAAGGAGAUCAGAGCGUGCAACGUACACCCUUGCUAGCUAGCCGGGGCACGACUCCCCAGGGCCACAUCCCAGAUUCCGGUCGGCCAAUGGCUGGGUGGUUUGUUUGCUUGUUUAAGAUGAUUUAAAUUGUGUCCACUAGUUUUCAUUUUUACGGUGUGGUUUGCCCAAUAGUCCUACGGAUGCCAAAGGACAUCCUGUGUCAAUACUUCUUGGUGGGUGCAGGCCAAGUGGGGCCCGCUUGUCCUCAGGCGGCCUUCUUCCUACACUGAAGUGAGUAGUGUUGGUUUACCUUGUACUAAACUGAAAUGCGACCCUCUGGAGCAUGAUCCUUGUCAAGCAGGGUGGAGACCCCGGCCACAUCCACAGCAAGAAGCAGCCAGGAUGCAGCAUGCGGGAGACACAGCCAUCAGACGCAGAGGACAAAUUCCCCUUUCUCACCUUUGGCCUGCUCAUCCUUGCAGAAACCCGUUUGUCCUUCCUUCUCUUUUCAUUUAGCACAACUCCAGGGAUCUUGGUAAGUCUUCUGGGCCAGGAGUUCUUCAGUGCCCUUGAGGAAAACACCUAAGGUGGCUUUUAUUCUACAAACCUCCCAAUACUGGUUUGUGCUACCACAAAGGCAGCAAGUGGUGAUUGCUACUUUAUCUAAUUGUGAUAAAGAAAAUUAA